GCCCCUCCCUGCUGCCAAGGGAACGCCCUUCCGCUCUCAAGUCCGCCUUCUGGGUGGUCCCGGCCCAUAGUCCCGCCCCGUCUGCUCUUCAACUUCCGCUCGCUCGGGGAAAGGCGUCUUCCGGUGCCUCUGCGGGUCUCUCACCCGCGUUAUGUCCUCGCGGAGGCCUCUGCGGGUCUUGUGCCUGGCGGGUUUCCGGCAGAGCGAGCGGGGCUUCCGCGAGAAAACUGGGGCGCUGAGGAAGGCGCUGCGGGGCCGCGCUGAGCUCGUGUGCCUGAGCGGCCCACACCCGGUUCCGGACGGCGCCGGGCCAGACUCUGGACCCCGCCCUCCGGAGGAGCAACCUAAAGGCUGGUGGUUUUCGGAGCAGGAGGCAGACGUCUUCUCGGCCCUGGAAGACCCCGCAGUGUGCAGAGGUCUGCAGGAAGCCCUGGGAGCAGUGGCGCAGGCGCUGAACAAGCUGGGGCCCUUUGACGGACUCCUGGGAUUCAGCCAGGGCGCCGCGCUAGCAGCCCUUGUGUGUGCCCUAGGCCACGUGGGCGAUCCCCGCUUCCCUUUACCAAGGUUUGCCAUCCUGGUGUCUGGCUUUUGCCCUCGAGGGUUUGGCCUCAAAGAACCCUUCCAGCGGGGACCCCUGUCAUUACCUUCACUCCAUGUCUUUGGAGACACUGACCGCGUGAUCCCCUCCCAAGAGAGCAUGCAGCUGGCUAGUCGAUUCUCUGGAGCCAUCACCCUCAUGCACUCCGGUGGCCACUUCAUUCCAGCGGCUGCGCCCCAGCGUCAAGCCUACCUCAGCUUCUUGGACCAGUUUGCAGAGUGAGAGGAACAAAUGUCUCUCCUACAUCCUCUCUCUCUAUGCCCCCCCCAUGGGGACACAUGACCUUAGGAGGACAACUUCUGUAACCCCAGCCCACCCUGUUUUCCUCAACCGCUGGACCUCUACUACUGUGUUCUUCGCCAUCACCAGUUAAAAGAAAGUAUCACUUCAUAGGACUCAGAUUAUACAAGCCCAGCUCUGCACUCAAGAAAAAGGGAAGCUGACAGUCUUAAUGCAUAUGAUGAAAAAAGACAAGUGGGUACUUUGGUGAGAUGAGACCAUGUUGGGGAAAGCAGGAGCUGGAGCCACAGUGGCUGCAACACAAUAAAGUGUCGAUU